UCGAAAACAGCCUGCAACGAGAACGGAACGUUGGUACGUGAUCGCGCACAAGGUUGAUAGACAACAAAAAACAAAUAAAUAAUAAAUAAAAUACUGUACAUUCAAUAUUCAACGGAUUAGAUCUCGGCGCGGUGUUCAGCUUUUUCCGGGAAUUGUGUUUUUUUAGUGUUUAUUUGCCCCACUGUCGUCGUUGUCGGAUUGGGAUUUUUUGUUUUGUUCCAGUCUCGGUAUUUUAUCGACUUCAGCGCAAAUAACAGUGAGUGACCGUUUUGAGGCUAUCAAUUUUCCUUCCUGCUGAUAGUGAGUUUUUUUGUCGAGCAAUCUACAAGUGUCAUUUUUGGAACACGUGUGAAUCACCGCCCCCUCGACGAAGUCGUCUCUCUCCCUAUGCUGAUAGAUAGGGGCAGUAUUGUAAUUUCGUACUGUCGAAGCUGGCUUAAGGUCGACUGAAGUGUGAGAAUUGAGCAAGUGAAUACGAAUAAAACCCAUUGUUUUACGGGAAGAGCGAGAGUAGGGAAAAAAAUUAAACUUUGCGCGUGUGUUCGUUUGCUGACGACUGUAGCAUUUGGUAAGUGAUAAAAAAAGUCGAAGUAUUUUCCACGAGUCAUUUGCAUUGAAGGGGGAAGCACGGCAAAAAGCGCUUGGUUUUUUUUUCGGUGCGAAGCGAAAACAGUUGAGUGUGCUUCAAGUUCUCGGAAAUAAUCGGCAUACAGCGACCGAGGAGGAUUGAAACUGUUGGCAGUAAAACGUAAAUAAAGCAUCUUUUGCACAAACAAACUGGCAAAUAUCGAAGAUCUAUCAGAGUGAUUACGAUUUGUGUACAAAACACUGAUAACGGAACAAGUGCUGGGGGAAAAAAUAGAAACAAUAAUCAGACCGCCCCUCGGCAUCCACAGUCGGUCGGUCCGAUUCGGAACCAACAAUAAAAAAGACGUCAUCGCGUAGCAGGCGCUGAUAAGCUGCCGGGCUGCGCGCAAACCCGUCGCGGAGAUAGAGAAAAUCCAUAAAAGAGAGCACAAACAACAAAGACCACGCAGAGACGGAACUUUUCGGAUAGUCACUACAUGAUUGUUAACAUAUGACGUAAUACGGAUUUCAUACAGGAACAAUUUCAGCUCUCUGUAUGCAACAUAAACGUUUUACCCGACCAUAGUGGCCAUUAGUAACACUCAGUGAAGAUCCGAACCGUCAUGCUACCGCAACAGUAUUGUCUCCGGUGGAAAUACCACCACAGCAAUCUGCAGACCAUGUUCUCACAGCUACUGGAUCGAGGUUGCUUCUGUGACGUUACGCUGGCCUGCGAAGGACAAACGAUCCGUGCUCAUCGGGUUGUUCUCUGCGCUUGCAGUACGUAUUUCGAUCAGUUGCUUACUAACUGCAGCACGACCGAAAAAGAUCCAAUCAUAAUCAUGCGUGAUGCCAAGUUCGAGGACAUCAAAUGUCUGAUCGAAUUUAUGUACAAAGGCGAGAUCAACGUGGAGCACGGAUCGUUGGCUUCGCUGCUCAAGACUGCCGAAGAGCUCCGGAUAAAGGGCCUGGCUGAGGUGAGCUGGCGAGAUGAGGAAAAUUGUAGCUCUACGGGCAGUGAUACCAGCGCGAAUAACAACAACAGUUUAAGCCUGAAGAACGUCAACCCAUCCGUGGCUAGUAAUAAUAACAAUAACAGUAUUAAAAUUGUGGAAACAAAGAAACUACUGGCACCACAACACAAUCUUAGCAGUUCCUCGAUGACACCAUUAACGGUAAGCAGUUUGGAAAGUCGAAUUUCCGAUUCGCCCAAUCUGCCACUGUUAACUCCGCUGGCCGCGGGUUCCCCACGGAAUCCGAUUAACUGUGCUUCACCCAUCAACUACUUUGGCAACAAAAAGAAACGUGGCCGGCCUCCGCUGGAUGAGGAGUACGAUACGUUUCAACAAUUGCCUAAGAUCUCCCACGUUGAAGGUGGUGCCGGAAGUUCUACUCCGUUCACGUCAAGUUCUCAGCUGGUAGCGGUAAUGAUGGAUGACAGUUCGAAUGAACAAACGAUACGAGAUGACAAUCACCAUCUUCAUCAUCAACAGCAGCAGCAGCAACAGCAUCAUUCGGCUUUAAGUUCCGCUGCAGCGGCUUACCUUGAACAGCAGAGUCGGACGGUUCCGCCGGAUGGUUUACAGGGGAUGGAUUUCGACGAAGACACGCACAUCCCUCGGAAACUUAUCCCGAAACUCGAACGACCAGAUACUCCUCAGGACUAUCUGUCCAACAUAGGAGCCAAGUUCGAAUAUGAUGAUCAAUCACCGCCGAGUCCCAACGAUCAAAGUAAUGCAGUGUUUUUGACUGCCCAGGAACAGGAAGAGUGGAAAGAUGUGAUCAAAAUGAACGACUAUCUGACCAAAGGGCGACGGCCACAGUUCUGGGAGGAACCGUUCACGAAGCGGGUCAUGGAUGGGAUCAAAAACAAAACGCUAGAGAUGAAGAAGGCGGCCAAGUUACUCGGAGUUUCCUACGGAACAUUGUAUGGAAGGUACCGGGAGACGUACGGAUGUCUCAAGCAUCCGUAUCGUGGACCUUUCAUGGCGGCAUCCAGAAUCAACAACAUGUGGCCGACGGCCAGUGACGGUGCGAGUGUGGGGACGACAACGGAUAUCAUGACAAUGCUGCAACGGGGCAUCAUUAGCUUGCCACGGGCGGCCGAACUUAUGCACACGACACCCUCGACCAUCAGCAGCUACCUUGAGCAACUUCAGGAAGUGACCGCUCAAACCGACCACGACCAUAUGACCGGAAUGGGUGCUAGCAGCGUCAACAAUGCCGGUCCGGAAGAUGACCGAACCCUACAACAGAUGCCAGCUCUGUCGCUUAUGUCAUCGCAUGCAGAAUCACAACUGCGGGUGAAGCCGGAAAUUAGCAUAUCGGCUCUGAAGAGGAGUUCACCAAGUUCGUCAGCGUCAUCGGCCGCCGCCGGCAGCAGCAGCAGCUCCGCUCUGAGCGCAAUGGCUUCCACUUCGACGGCCGCGCAAUUAUCGACGAACACCUAGACGAGAGUGGGUUGUAGUUCAAAGCAUUCCAAGAGGCAGACAAAACAACGGCGACUGCCGAACAAUUCCUGUAAGAUUCAUUGACACGCUACCGAGUAUGCCAUAGAAAAAAGUCAGAUCUUAUAGUAAUUAAGGGUUAGGAAGUACUUCCGUUCGGAAACCCUUAGGUGCAACGAAAGAAUUGUUGUCCCUAAUGUAUCAACAUACCGCAGCGGUUGUUUGUUAGGCGUUCCGAAUGGAUGAGCUUCUUAACUACAGUCGGUUUUGUACGAGAAAGAACUUGGCAUCACGGAUACUGUUCGAGGUAUCGGUGACUUACGAAAACUGGACUAGUUGAAGAUUGUAGUUCCUGCUGAAAAGCUAUCGGAGUUCUUCUUCUCCAGCAGCGCAACCAGAUUUUAAGAAUGUAGCUCUAAUGUAGAAGUAAACUUCCAGAUCUUGUUUCGAAACUUGGGCAAUUGAGAACUGAUGUUGAAUUCUUGUGUCAGACACUACAUUGUUCGAAAAUGAUCAGCGCCACGGUAUGGUGAGUGUUCAGUGUAACAAAAUUAUAACCAAUAGUACAGAGAACAGACAUCCAAGAAGAUAUCGCAGGUAGCAUCCUCUCAGAUAUGAAUGAAACUUUCUGGACUUGUAGACUUUGUCACAAAGAACUACUUUGCAUACUUUGUUUUUCCAAAACUUCCAAAUUGUGAUCGAUUGGUAGGGAACAUAACUUAUCUUGGAAAAAGAUUUCAUCAAAAUAAAAAAAUGGUGUUUAGACUGUCAAAAAAGGUUAGUCCUUUUCAAAAGACGGUCCAAAUCAAUUUUGGAAAAUCAAAGUAUGCAAAGUGGCUUUUUGAUACAUAUCCAGAAAACAAAAAUAAACUCCAGAUCUAGUUGUCAGUGAUUUUUCUUGUACCAUUCAAAGACGAGCCUUCGAUAAACUCGGUGCAUUUUCAGUUUCAGUUCAGUUAUUCUUUGAAGCAAAACAACAACCGUCUGAGCUCAAAUGGCUAUGCAUUAAAUGUCCUGAUAGUUUAUUUCACCCAGUAAUUGUUUAAACCUUUAAUUUCGAUUACGUAAAUUGAUAACAUAACCUCACCUAGCAUCAAUAUCUAUAUAUAAUUCAGUGUUAAAGAAAUUAAAGGUUUACUUUUGAUCCAAAGGUUCACGAAUGCACAAGUUUUACCCAUUCCGUAGAUAUGUUUAAGAAAAUAUUACCAUGAAUUAUUAACUAUUUCCGCAAUGGAUACUACGCUAACAUUUCUAUUUCAUGAUUCUUAAAGUAAAACAUAGAAGGCGCUGAGUGGAUUAUUUUUUUGUUUCGAUUAUAGAGGUUUUAACCUUAAGGUCAUUCGCCUCUUCGGACCAGAAAAACUUUCUGACCCUAUGUGCGGGGUUGGGAAUCGAACCCAGGCGGGCUGCGGGCUGGUAUUGACUUACCCAUCACGCUAUACCCGUCCCCUCUGAGUGGAUUUGAGUUUUACGUUUGGAAACCAAUUGGACAUUGUAAUCUUGGGUUUAUCUUUACGGGAGGUUUCAUUCAAAUCUGAGAGAGUGCUGCCAACUUCGAGUACGAUUUGGCACGAAAUUUGUCUAAUCAAAUUUGAAUACUGUAAAAAGUCGAUUUACAAGAAAACACCAAUUUUGAUUUGAAGGACGUUUUGUCCCAAGAUUGGUAUUUAUGCUGUGAACCGUUGUUAAUUUUAACUUUGUGUCGAGUAGUUAAAUUUAACUGAAACUGCGGCCCAUUUAAAAAUUUGACGGACGGAAAGUUAUUUGGGUUUAUUUUCCACUGGAAAUAAUUUAAUAUAAAAUUUGCAUUGCAAGAUUUUUUCAGUAUCGAUCUGUCAAAAAUAACCAGAGAUGCCAGAUUUCGUAUAUAGUGCUGCAGACAUUUUUUGUUGUGCAGAGUUUCACAGACUUUUGAAAGUUCUCGGUUGAUUUUCCAGAAGGCCGUAACAGCAAGUGACAGUUUCUCUUUGCCCACUCUCUCUUUCGAUUAUUGUGAUGUGAUCUAAAUAGAUUUUCUUAAAUUUCACAGUUCUGUUUGGAAGUCGAACGUUUCGAGCAUCAUUCUAUGCAAAGAGUUAAGUGAUAAACGUGUAAACCGCUUGGUAAUUAAUAGAAGAGAAAGUAAACAAAGAGAAACUGUCACUUGCUGUUACGGUCUUCUGGAAAAUCAACCGAGAAUUGUGUUUUUUCACAGACUUUCGUCAGUCUCGCGUAUUAUACAUUAUCGUGAAAUUGAUGCCAGUAAGACAUACCUGCGGACUGCAGAUUGUUUUUCGAAUAUGCAGACUUUUGCAACCCUGCCUGAAGAUAUUUGAACUUUUUACCGGGCAUCUCUGAAAAUAACCAAGCUCUCGAACAGAGUGUUUUUUGACAUCAAAUUAACCGCUCGAGUGUCAGAUUUUAACCAAAAGUUAAAAUUAACCGCGAAAUGGUUCACAGCAUUAGAUCAACUUUUUUCUAGCUUACAAUAUAAGGAGUUUAUCUAAAUAAAACGGGCAACUAGCGAUAUGGUGUUAUGUGAAAUUCCUGAUAAAUUGAGUGUCAUUGCAUUAUUGGAUGAUGACAUUCAGUUUAGUUUGGUUUUCGAUGAAAAGACACUGGAGAAAAAAAAAACGAUUUCGUGGUUAAUUUUAACUUUUGAUUGAAAUCUGACACUCGAGCGAUUAUUUCGAAGUUGUCAAAAAUAACCCUGCUCGAAAGUAUGGAUAUUUCUGACAGAUCGAUGGUUAUUUUCCGGCACGGAAAAAAAUAUUCUAAUUUCAUUUUUUUAGUUAAAAUUAUUUCCAGUGCAAAAUAAACCCAAUUCUUCAAUGUCAAAUGGUGUUUUUUCGCAAACCAUCAUUUGCACAAAAGUUUUGUCAUUUUUCGGCUGUAAAUGUAUAGCCCUUUUCAAAACACAAUCUAGAUAAAUUUUUGAAUACAAAGUAACAUUUUGCGACAAAGCCUGCAUGUCCAGAAACUUUCAUUUAAAUCUGAGAGGGUAUUCCGAGUACGAUUUCGCAUGAAAUUUUUCUAAUAGUAUACACUGAAAAAAAUCGAUUUUCAAAAGUUAAAGGCGAUUUACAUAAAAAGAACCAUUUUUGAUUUGUAUGAGAUUUCGUUCCGAUGUAAUGAUCUUUUCCAACCGUCCUUAUAUUGUAAGAUAGUUAUUUUUACGAAAAAACUUUCUUACCUAGUUCUGAUACUUUUUGCAACUAGCGAUAGGGUGUUUUUUUCUGUGAAAGUUCCUUACUAACCGAAUGUCACAGGAUUCUUGGACGAUUAUGGCUUUCAGUUUAGUUUCGAUGAAAAGACACUGAUAAAAAAAAUUGGUUUGUGCAAAAAGUUUUUGUUAGAAAAUCUUUUUUUCCUUAAAACCUUCAAUGUAUGAACGGUUGCUAAGAAGCAUAAUCACCUACUUUGGGAUGAGAUUUCAUCAAAAUCAAAAAUGAUGUUUUCUCGCAAAUUAUCGACAUUUCUCAGUGUAAGACUCGAUUAGAAAUUGUUUUCAUUCGAAAAUUUGACUGAUUCUGUGAAAAUAAUCACCACGACACUAUUUUUUGUAGGAUUUGUCAUUUUACGACUCUGUUUGAAUAAAAAAGAAGCUUAGACCUAUGCAAAGUGGCAUUUUGUGAUAAUGUUUACAUGUCUGCAGAAAGUUUCAUUCAAAUCUGGGAGGGUGCUGCCAACUACCAAUUCGCCCAUCAGUUUCUGUGCGCGUCUUUGACCUGCCAUUCAGCCAACUUCUUUUUCGUACAAAAAUAACAUAUCAUUCCGAACGGCACGGGAGAAUUGAAUGUGAUCUUUUAUGAAAUAUAUUAUUCUUAGUUUUUAAACAGGGAAGGUUUAGUGUACUUUUUUUCUGUUAGCAGAAAAUGGAACUGUAGUACUUCCGUAGUACAGACACCGGAACUCGUUUGGUUGACAUAAAGCAAAUACAACAUAAUUGCAAAAAAUCGAUAAACAGAUUUGCCAUAUAAGUCUCGAUAGAACGCAAUCAAAAACAACCAAGUAUUGACAUUAUUUAAAAUUAGUUGAAAUUGUUAACAGCUACUUGAAAAUUUUACUGCCGAAUUUCGCUCUAAUUUGUUACUAUCUGGUUAGCUGUUGUUAACCAAAUCUGACCCAUUUCCAUUUUCUGCACGAAAUUGUUUCUGAACCUUCACAUAAUUGCAAACAAAAAAAUACAAUCAACCGACAGUUUCAUUUUGAAUGAAACGUUAUUCCCAACGAGAGAAGAAAAAACAAACAUCCGUUCCGUAGUAGAAUUCAUAUUUUAGUUCCGACAUUGCAUAACUAUUGUAUACUAUCAUUCAUAGUUUAAAUGUUCCAUUAGUUUUUAUAAUUUUUCAUUAGUGAGAAUCUUGCGUACUUCUUCGAUCAAAUGGGUUAUUUAGGUUAGAUUAGGGAAAAGGUGCUUCCUGUAUAGUUUUCACUAUUAUUUCUUAGGAGAAUUUGUGCGUCCGGGGGAGUUCGAUAGUCUUUUGAAAAGAGGGAAUCUCCGUAACGCAACCGAUGCCAUCUCGUAGAGGUUAGGCUGUAGGAACCACAUUCAAACACUGUAUAUUAGUCAGCCAUGCAUGCUCCGGUCAUAGUUUUACAAGGUACAAAAACAACUAGAAGAAGCUUUUUUUUUCGCGUAGCCAAAUUAUUUAAUUUCAUUGGUUUUACUUUUUUUGUUUUUUAUAUUUUGAUUAGGAGAGAGGGAUUUUAGUUUCAAAUUUAUGAUUUGGAUUCGUUUUGUCUAAAAUCGACUGAUCUGUGAGACAAUUUUAAUGUGAUGAUAUCUCGUAAAUGACAUGGACGAUUUUCUCGUACAGUAGCUAGAAGUCCGUACCCAUUUUGAAACAUUCCAGACACACAGCAUUAUGGACUGCUUUGACACUCGACCAAACAGUGAAGCAGGUGGCAAACAAAUAGGAAAUAUCUAUUUGACUAGUACGUAAGGUGUAAAAUGUUGUCUAUUUCUGUUUGUGUUCGUACUCGUAUUGUCAAACUGGCAGAUCCUAAAUAUAGUGGAAAAACAAUCUGAAAAUAAGAUAUUCAAAGAUCGUUAUAAAAUUAAAAUAAACAUAAUAGCAAACGAACAGAACAAGGUAUUCUUAUUUUUUUGUAUUUAAUUAUGCAACACAAACAUUUGAUAUAAGUUAAUAAAAAAUGAAAAAAACUAAGCUAAAUGAUUUUUCAUUGUCGUGAAGACAGACGCAACUAGUAGUUUCCUUUUUAUGUUGAACAAGUAACCGAAUGUGCAAUCACUAUUACAGUAUAUAAAUAAAUAAAUUAAAAAUAAUGCCCGAAUUGGAAUCAAAUCUGCACAUAUUUAAAGUUGAUUUGGAAAAUCAAUUUAACUGCAAAACGGCAUCGAGUAAGAUAAACACACGAUAGGCGAUAUUUAAAAACAUAUUUAAACAGAAGUGAAAACGUGCCUAUAUGGUUUCCCAAAAACUGCAAGCAAAUAUAAAGGAAAAUAUAAAUACUAAAUGGAGAGUAAUUUUUUUGUGGAAAAAAUGUAGUUAAGGAAAACACCGGCUGAUGUAAACUGGUGUAUUUAUAAGUGAGUUCACGGACUAUGUGAAUAAUCAAAACAAAUUCGCAAACAAAUAAACGACAAAAUGGUGAAUUGAAAAGAAAA